UUUCAUUCAACUUUUCUUUUCUUUCCUCCAAACCACCAGCUAACGUCCUGGAGGGCGACUCCAUGGACCAGGAUGUUGAGAGCCCUGUGGCCAUUCACCAGCCAAAGUUGCCUAAGCAGGCCAGGGACGACCUGCCAAGACACAUCAGCCGAGACCGGACCAAAAGGAAAAUCCAGAGGUACGUGAGGAAAGACGGAAAGUGCAACGUCCAUCAUGGCAACGUGAGGGAGACCUAUCGCUACCUGACCGACAUCUUCACCACCUUAGUGGAUCUCAAGUGGAGAUUCAACCUGUUGAUUUUCGUCAUGGUUUACACAGUGACUUGGCUCUUUUUUGGGAUGAUCUGGUGGCUAAUCGCAUACAUCCGAGGAGAUAUGGACCACAUAGAGGACCCCUCGUGGACUCCCUGUGUCACCAACCUCAACGGGUUCGUCUCUGCUUUUUUAUUUUCGAUAGAGACAGAAACCACCAUCGGUUAUGGCUACCGGGUCAUCACAGACAAGUGCCCAGAGGGAAUUAUUCUCCUCUUAAUUCAAUCUGUGCUGGGGUCCAUCGUCAAUGCAUUCAUGGUGGGAUGCAUGUUUGUAAAAAUAUCACAACCCAAGAAGAGGGCAGAGACCCUGGUUUUUUCCACCCAUGCGGUGAUCUCCAUGCGGGAUGGAAAACUGUGCCUGAUGUUCCGAGUAGGGGAUCUUAGGAAUUCCCACAUCGUAGAGGCUUCCAUCCGAGCCAAGUUGAUCAAAUCCAAACAGACCUCAGAGGGUGAGUUCAUCCCCUUGAACCAAACAGAUAUCAAUGUAGGGUAUUACACCGGGGAUGACCGUCUAUUUCUGGUGUCGCCACUCAUCAUCAGCCACGAAAUCAACCAACAGAGUCCUUUCUGGGAGAUCUCCAAAGCCCAGCUGCCCAAAGAGGAGCUAGAAAUUGUGGUCAUCCUAGAAGGAAUGGUGGAGGCUACAGGUAAGACGUGUUCCAUGCUGGGGCAUCUGUGGGAUCAACGCUCUUUGUGAGUUGGCCCUGACUUAUUUAUGAUGAAAUAUGAAAAACUGAACCUCCCUCACUAUCGAUAUCACCCCCUCGUUUCAUGACAUAGUAUAUAUAUCUCUGUGUCCUCUAACCUCGUGUAGCCACC